CACACAGCCAGAAUGGGCAAGCAAAACAGCAAGCUGAAGCCGGAGGUGCUGGAGGACCUGAAGCAGAACACAGAAUUCUCAGAUGCUGAGAUACAAGAAUGGUACAAAGGCUUCCUGAAAGACUGCCCGAGCGGUCAUCUGUCGGUGGAGGAGUUUAAGAAAAUUUAUGGCAACUUCUUCCCCUACGGCGAUGCCAGCAAGUUCGCCGAGCACGUGUUUCGGACGUUCGAUGCCAACGGAGACGGUACGAUCGACUUCCGGGAGUUCCUGUGUGCACUGAGUGUGACCUCGCGCGGCAAGCUAGAACAGAAGCUGAAAUGGGCAUUCUCCAUGUACGAUCUGGACGGUAACGGAUACAUCUCCCGACAGGAAAUGCUGGAAAUUGUAACCGCCAUCUACAAAAUGGUCGGCUCGGUGAUGAAGAUGCCGGAGGACGAAAGCACACCGGAGAAGCGGACGGACAAAAUCUUCCGCCAGAUGGAUCGCAACAAGGACGGCAAGCUGAGCCUGGAGGAGUUCAUCGAGGGAGCAAAGAGUGAUCCGUCGAUCGUGCGGCUGUUGCAAUGUGAUCCGCAGGCGCAGUGAGCAAUUCCAUGCCGAA